AUGGAAGAGCAAUUAUCUUCAACUGUUUCAACCGAAGACGACGUUGUAAUAGAAAGUAUAAGUUCAUCAAACUCCCCAAAAGAACCACCAGUUUCGGAAGAAAGUCAAAGUUUUGUCACUUUAAAGAAUAAAAUUGAAGAUACUCUUAAAGAUUUUAAACUUCAAGAGGCAGCACCAAUUUCUGUCGUUUCUUUCAUUGGUUUUUCUCAGUCUGAAACUACUUCGAAACUUCAUUUAAUUGCAAACGCUAUAGUAGAAAAGAAUGUAUUUGGUCAGAUACCUAAUGAAAAAAUUAAUUAUAAUCGACCGAAAGGAGCAAUUUUGUUGAUAUCAAAUGGGAAUAAUUGCGGACUAUGGAUGUAUUGUGAUGCAUCGAAGAAUAUCGUGUAUUUACUUAUCGAUUCGGUUAAUGAAAGUGAAACCAUGUUGCAACUUUGGGAAAAUUCUCGGUUAACAAUUGAAACUGAGCAAGAUUUUCAAAAUUGGAUAUGGAAACACGAACACGUUUAUUUACGAAUGCUCGUAUUUAUGUUUAUGCUAUCUCACGUAGUAAUGUUCACGCAACCAAUAUCUAAAUUAGAUGGAAAUAUGGUCUCACUUCUCAAGACAAUACAUUCCGUUAAAAGGCAUAUUUUACCUCAUGCAACGAAUUUUUUGAAUUUGUGCUGGCAGAGUUUCGAAAUACCAUCCCCUUAUGGGUCAUAUUCUAAUGGUGUAUACGGUGGAAGAGGGUGGACGGCGCAGGGUGGAGUGACAGCACCUGGACGUUGCGUUCCCUUUCUUCUUUUCUUAUUUCAAGAGGUGCAAUUGUCUGUUUCUUCAACUGAUGGACACAAAUCAGAUUCUAUUCAUGAUAAGGCAUCUUCAGGUAGUAUUAAAAGGAUCAAAGAAUCCUUGCAGGCCCGUAUUCGCUUCUUAUUUCGUGCAUGUCAUCUUAUGCAAACUGGUGAUAUCCAUGCAUCAUUCGACGGCCGUCAACUAUUUACUCUUCCUCCUCCUUCCAAUCAGUUUUUUGUGCAUCUAAUUACACGUGGUUCUACGGGCAAUUUAUUAUCAUCUGAUUCAAUUACUCCUUUAAUUUCUAAGGCUAAAAUUUCACAAGAGAGCAAGAUUGAGAAUGCUAUUGAUGAUUUACUUAAAAAAAGAAAAUUAGAAUCUAGAGGUGCUGAACAUUUUGAAAUUAAAUUGUUGAGAGAAUUUGCACAUAAUUGGGUGAAAUGGACCGUUAAUGGAUACUCGAGAAAUUUCGUUAAACGUGGGAUGCCACCAAGCGAGCUUCCUAAUGUCAAUCAAUGGAUGUCUGGAUGUAUAGCAUUACAAGAGUUAUUAUUUGGACAACUUGGGAAAGAAAUUUUAGAUCGAAAAGAACGAAAAAGUUUUAGUGCUGUUGAUGAUAUCCUUCAGAGACGUUUGAAAGACUGUUUACAAGUGGAUAAUCGAUUUUCAGCGGGUCAUUGUACUCAAGCUCUGAGAAAGGCGAUUGAUAGCUAUAUGUUAGAAUCCCCUGCUUAUUACAAUAAGCAAUAUCAUGAAAUGAAGCUAGAUCACGCCAUUCGGUUUUUCAUGUCUACUACUCGUGGACCAUGCGUUCAGGAUUAUGUUCAAAAACUAAGAAAUGAAUGUCAAACCAUUUGGGAAAACGGAAGACAAAAAAGUGAAAAGGAGGUAUAUAGAAGCCAUGAUUAUGUACCUGGAACUAUGAAACAGAAAAUAAUGCCAAGAUGA